AUGUUAGGAAUAGAUGAAUGGCUUGUUACAGCUGUACAAGCCAUGUAUAGUGGUACUAUCAGUAGACUGAGAGUCAGCUAUGAAUACAGUGAUGAAUUUAGCUUACAAGUAGGGGCUCACCAGAGCUCAGUUCUCAAUCCACUAUUAUUCAUUACAGUCCUCCAGGCCAUAACAGAGGAAUUCAAAACUGGAUGCCCGUGGGAACUUUUAUAUGCAGAUGACCUCACUCCUAUUACAGAAUCUGUAGCAGAAUUGGAGAAGAAAUUCCUGGUAUGGGAGCAAAACCAGGAAUCAAAGGACUUUAAAGUUAACCUAACAAAGACCAAAGUUGUUGUUAGCAAGAAAGCAGAUAAGACUCUCUUUCUGUUGGGUAAAUGGCGCUACUCAAUAUGUAGGAAAGGAGUUGGAAGUAUUUCCAUUCACUGCACCCAAGGUAGAGCUGUGAACACAUAA